AUUGCAGGCAACAGUGUGCCGAUGUAGACACCAACGACACUAACAUCGCGCUCUUCGUCAAUUCGUCAAGUACGUCUGCGAAUGCUGGAUGCAUGAACCUUUACAAAGUUACAAUAGGGAAAGGGCGCAGACUAGUAAAAUUUUGUGCUGUGUCUGAGAAGUUUUCUGUUAUUUUCCCUUGUCUCGAGUGGUCUGUGGUCUCGGGUCUUCAUAUCGUCAAGAUCAUUAUCGUCAUCCUAUCCUAUUGGCUGCUAUUGGCUAUUCCCGUGGCUAUUCCCUUUGAAACGAGCACGGGUGGUGGUGGUGUUCAAUUUCAUUUCGUUGGCGGCAUGUGUUAUGCUUGUAUUAGAGUUUAUUUGAGAGGUGAAAUCUAAAAUGUGUUCACUUGCUUCGUUUCCUGCGCCUCCGCCGGAAGGCUGCGUCACACUUUUCGAAAGAGAUGGGCAUUUACGAGCAGGAUUGGUAGACGAAUGGUCAAGGUUUUGUGAUCAGCUUAGCUUGUACCCAAGGAUUUCUGUUGCUUGUGAAGUUGGGAGGCCACCGGCGUCCAAUGAAAGCGCGAAAAAUGCGUUUCUGCGGCGGCACGAGUCUAUGUUCAAGCAAGCUGUUCUCUCAUGGUACGAGCGGGGAUUCGUGGGAUUUCUGCAGGAGUUGGCGGACAGCAAAGAAGCGCCUUCAUACGCUCGAGUCAUGGCAAAAUCACUAAUGAUUGCCUUUAGGUGGACACAUUCUUUGCACAGGUCUAUCUUUCCCCACUUGUUGCUCUCAGUGGAAGCGAUGAGCCGCCAAUUUUCUGCCGCAAAUGAUUGGUUGUGUGGUCAAGUGCGAACAUUUGCUUGGCAUCCAGAGACACGUAAAUGUGCUGUGGCAUCGAGAAGCGACAUAGUGCGCAUAUAUGCUAUGGGCAUCCCUGUUGUCCCCAUGUUGAAACACAAGUCACAGAGAAACAUUACUGCAUUGGCCUGGAGGCCAUGCUGCUCUUCUACGCUCGCUGUCGCGUGUCAAGAUGGCAUCUUACUCUGGCAAGUGGCAUCUCUUAUUGCGAGGCCAUCAUCUGCUUCUGCUACCCUAUUGUCACGUGACGGUCACCAGCCAGUUACGAGCAUCAGCUGGCAUCCUGAUGGAUCCCUUUUGGCCUCUGCUUCUGUGGCAGACACAUCUAUGUUAGUGUGGAAUGUGUCUACUGAAGAAUGCCAACCCCUGCGCCGUCUAGGAGGAGGCGGUGUGGCCCUUGUACGAUGGUCACCCGAUGGGUCACGUUUAUUGGCUGCCACACCGGCUAGCCUCUUCAGGGUGUGGGAGACAAUGUCUUGGACAUGCGAAAGCUGGUCCACUUUCCUUGGUCGCUGCAGUGCCGCCUGCUGGAGCCCAGAUGGCUGUCGUCUGCUCUGUGCGCACGCUGAUAAGGCUGCUAUUUAUUCGUUGACAUUCGAUCAGCGAGAGGACAGCGGUGGAGUGGGUGUUGGGGGGUCGGUGCAAGCCGUUCCCCUGGUGGACCUCACCCAAGUGCAAGUGCCAUAUGAUGUUUCUAAUACUCUCAUGGUUGGAGGGUCUGUGCAGGAUAUGGCAUGGAGUGGAGAGAGGUUAGCAGUUUCCUUUAAAGAUAAUCCACAAUGUGUCGCUGUCUUUCGAACGAGAACAAAGCCUAUUCUGGAAGUUAAUCCGUGCGGUUUUGUGCGAGGCCCUCCUCAAGAACACGUUCAGUUCAUGAGCUUCUUUGAUGGUUUCGAGGGAGGAUCAUUGCUCAGUAUAUGUUGGAGCAGUGGAAUGAUAAGCCACGUGCCACUGUAUUACUAUUCCGACAGCAGUACAGGACCAGCAUUUUUUCUUAGGAACUUGGACGGGUAGUAUUCCAUAUGGUAAAAUCGGUCAAUUUGGUACUGGGGCUCACUGUGUUUACUCGCAUAAUUCGCGCAAUACAGGGGGGUUGACUGUGUGAGAAAAAAAUAGACCCUCAACUAACAUCGUCAAUUAUUUGGGACAGCAUUAUUAAAAUAUUGCAGUUUUUGGAACAA